AUGACAAUUGAUUGGGACUCAAUUCUUAGCUAUAACACAAUCAAAGUGGUUCGUAUAAGAGACCGACGGCUUGGAAUUUUACAUUUAUGUUUUUUAAUAGUAAUUGUAUUAUAUGUUGUUGUUUAUUCGGCGAUUAUUAAAAAAGGUUAUGUUACAACUGAAGAACCUGUUGGCUCAAUUAGAACUUCAUUAUUGGCUCCAGAUGAAUUAAAAUCAAAUCAAGCAUAUUGUAAAAAUAAUACAGAACCAUAUCCAUAUGAAAAAUUAGAUUGUGUUUAUUAUGAUGAGAAAUUAGCUCUCUUUCCCAUUGGUGAUGAUGUUGGAUUUACGGCUUCCACUAGGAUGAGAAUUUCAGAUCAAACCGUAAAUUGUAGUUUAAUGAAUCCAUCUUGUAAAUUUUAUACCAAUACAUCAAUGAAUGUUUAUUUAGCAGAUAUUGAAAGUUUUACAGUUUUAAUUGAUCAUACAAUGUAUGCACCAUCUUCUCAAAUUCAAUUUAAUGGUGAUGAUUUAAGUGGAUAUGUUUUAGAUCAAAAUGGUAAUGAAAUUCAAUUAAAUGAAUCUGUAAAUACAAUUGGUGUUCAAGGUAAACCUGAUAUUUUACAACUUGGAAAAUUAUUAGAAUUUGCUGGUGUUGAUUUAGAUGGACCUUCGUUAGUAAAUUCAAGUAAUUCAAUUAGAUAUGAUGGAUGUGUUUUAUUUGUAUUUAUUGAAUAUUCAAAUACAUUUUCAUAUGAUUUAAAAAAGAUUAAAUAUGUUUAUUCAAUUAAAAAAGUUGAUGAUACUGCUUAUGAUGUACCAGAAGUUAUUAUUUUAAAUAAUGAAAAUUCAAGAUUAUAUUAUAAACGUCAUGCAAUUAGAUUAAUUUUCAUUCAAACUGGUGUAAUUGGUUCAUUCAAUUUUCAAUCAUUACUUUUAACAUUAGUUAGUGGUCUUGGUUUAUUAACUGUAUCAACUUUAAUUGUUGAUCAAUUGGCAAUUAGAUUUUUACCACAAAGAAAAUCUUAUAGUUCACUUAAAUUCCAAACAACUGAAAGUUUUAGAAUGAAAAAAAAAAUUGUAAAUGAUGAUGGUGAAGAUAAACUUUAUCAUAAUAUUGAAGCUCUAUAA